CCAUUAGAUAUCAACACAUAUCGCCCAUGUGUUAAUCUUACACAAAUCGGUGACACGAUAGAAAAUUGUUAUGGUGGUCUAGAUGAAAAGAACACUUUAGAAAAUUGUGAUGGAUCAAUGCUUGGCUUCUCAUUUCGUUGUAAUAACAAACGAUGCUUAGAUUACUAUUCAUUAUGUCAACGAGAAUCUGAAGAGUGCAGAAGUGAAAUUUUAUGCCAUUAUAAAAGUAAAAACGAGUCAUGUUCUGGAAAAAACGAUGUUAAAUGUCUUGAUGGAUCAUGUAUGAAGAACGCACGAUGUGAUCAAAAAUUAGAAUGCCCAUAUGGAGAAGAUGAAUAUUGGUGUCCUUUGACUACAAGUAUUCUUGGCACGACAUAUAAAUAUAGGAAUAGUAAACGAGUUCAGAAAACAUAUUGGGAAUCAUUUUGGCCACAUUUUCCAUCAUCUAUUCAAUCGAUAGUAACAGAACUUGAUAAAAAACAAUCUACACAGUAUUUUCGUUCAUCAUUAAAUAUUGUCAGUGCUACGCGAGUUUCCACACAUUACUCAGACUCAUACAAAUGCAAUCGAGGCGUUGCUGUAUCGUAUAAUAAUAAAUCAUAUGUUGUUUGCUUUUGUCCACCUUCAUAUUAUGGUAGAUGGUGUCAAUAUUUUAGUGAUCGAUUGACUGUUUAUACUCACCUUAAUCUAAACUCUCUACCAAUAACGAAUUAUUUAAAAAGAUUUCAUUAUUUCAAGAUCAUUGCUUCACUUAUUUAUGGUAAACAUAUCAUUGACUUUCAUGAAUUUAUUAUCAACGGUGAUACUGAAAUGGAAAAUUCUACCAAACAUAAAUUCUAUUUAUUGUAUUCAUCGUCUGACGAAAUGAAGCAACAAAAGAAGUUGCGACAUUUUAAUCGUACAGAUAUUAUCAAAAAUCAACCGUAUUCGAUACGAUUUGAUAUUUAUAAACUGAGUGAGAAUGAAAUUGACGAAAUUGGCUCCUGGGUAUAUCCAAUUUAUUUUGAUUUUUUACCUGCAUUUCGUUUAGCUACUAUUCUUACAUUUCCUAAAUGGUAUGGAAAUUUAAGUGCUAAUCCAUGUAUGAAUAAUACAUCGUGUCCUGAAAACUCUAUAUGUUUACCUAUUUUUAAUCAAGAACAUCUUAGAUUUCAAUGUUCGUGUCGGAGCAAUUUUUAUGGUAAAAAUUGUGAAACUAUUGAAUUAAAAUGUUUAUCAUAUUGCUCGUCAAAUGCAUUAUGUAGACCUGAAAGUCGUGGACAACUCACUAAUACAAACAAUCCAUUAUGUAUCUGUCCUUUACAUCGUUUUGGGCCACGUUGUAAUUUACGUCACGACGAGUGUCAUUCUCAACCUUGUUUGAAUAAUGGAACAUGUCAUUUGAAAAAUGAUCCAAGUGGUCACAAGUCCUUCAUUUGCAAAUGUUCAAAAUAUUAUUAUGGAGAUUAUUGUGAGAAAAUUAAAUUAUCUGUUUAUAUCAAUCUUAACAUGAAUAGACAUACAUUGGCAUCUAUUAUUCAAUUUUAUGAUGUACGUCUUUCAAAACUACAGCUUCUAAUUCAACAUCAGCAAGUAAUGAGUGGAUUACCAACUUCUAUUCGAUAUAAUCAUGAUAGAAUAUUAGCACCUCCACUUGCUAUUCUUAAAGUGUACGAUUCAUUAUCCAAAUAUGAAUAUUAUAUUCUAUAUAUUCAACAAAAUGUAACUAAUAUUCAUAUCAAUUCAACACCUCAACAAUGUCCAUAUGUUACUUCGUUUUCCUAUAUUCAAAAUUACACAUCUACUACAGCUAUCUUUCAUUAUCAUCAUCUUUGUCGAAAUGAUAAUCAAUUACUUUGUUUUCAUGAUCAGGACUACCUAUGUAUAUGCGAAUAUGAUCAUAGCCGUGUUGAUUGCCUCAGUUUUGGUUUAUCCACAGAUCAAUGCAACUUAUGUUUUUCCGAUGGUAAAUGUUUACAAGGUGAUCUUAACAAUCCCAAUGAUUUUUUGUGUUUAUGUCCGAAAUGUUCUCAUGGUCAACGAUGUGAAUUUACAACUUUUGCAUUUGGUUUUACUUUGGAUUCACUACUUAUCAAUGAUCUAUGGGUUGUUCAGAUAGUGUACACAUGUCUAGUCGCUUUGCUAUUCAUUAUUGGUAUAUUCACCAAUACAUGUUCAUUAGUUACUUUCAAACGACCUUAUUCACGAACAGUAACAGUUGGAAAUUAUCUUUAUAUUGUUUCUAUUAUCAAUCAAUGUGCACUCUUAUUUUUACUUCUUAAAUUCAUUCAUAUUUUGGGUGGUUUUACUGGACAUUAUGGACUAAAUUUAAUUUCAUGUAAGAUUAUUUCAUAUAUUUUAUUUGUCUUAACACGAACAACAUUUUGGUUACUCAGUUGGGUUACUUGUGAUCGACUUCUAAUGACUAUUUUUCCUACUUCAUUAUUAUCAAGAAAACCAAAUAUUGCUAUUGGAGUAAGUGUUGUGACUGUUAUAAUAUUGAGUGCAAUGCAUAUUCCUGAUAUUAUCUAUACAACCAUCGCCAGCGAUAGAUGCAUUGUAAACUUUGAUCAUCCUCUUAUUUCACUUUAUAAUCGUAUAAACACACUUCUUCAUUAUCUUGGAACAUUUGCUAUUCAAACAAUAUCUAUUACAUUACUGAUUGUUUUAAUAGCACGAAGUCGAGCAAAAGUAAGAGGUGAUAAUACUAGUUUUGGAGACGUAUUCAAAAGUAUGUUUAAUAGCAAAAAAGAACUGUAUGUGACACCCAUUAUUAUUGUUUUGAGUGCAUUACCACAAACAAUAUUAUCAUUUAGUCUUUCAUGCACAGAAUUAUCCAUAUGGCAACGACAUACUCUUUUAAUUGCUUAUUUAUUUUCAUAUAGUCCUCAAAUACUUGGUUUUAUUCUUUUUGUUUUACCAUCAAAAGCAUAUCAACAGGAAUUACAAAAAACUAAACUUAGUAACAUGACAAUUUUGAAAUGGAUUCUAAAGACAAAUACUAGUCAACAAUUCUUGCCGAUCAACAGUACGAAACGCAACCAAACAUUUGUAAAAUAA